AUGUCAGGGGCUCGGGCACUCGAGUGGAGGCCAAAGGGUUCCGGGAGGCCUGGCAGAGGGGCGGACAUAGCCGAGACUCCGGAGCAACUCGUGGCUCGCUUGGAUCGCGUGCCGGCCGAGGACAUUCGUGCGCAGCUCACCGCUUUGCAGCGAGUCGCUGCUGUGAGAAGCGAGGACCCUGCCAGGUUGAGGCAGGAUGGUCGCUUGCAGAGAUGCCUGAGCAGACUUGAGAUGCGAGACGUGGAUGCGCGAGGCUUUGCAGAUCUAGCCUGGUGGUGUGGCAGGCCGUCCUCUACGGCAGCCUCAGCCGCUUCGAUUGCCAAGAUAGCGCAGCUCGAGCCGCAGAGCCUGGCCAAUAUCGCAUGGUCCUGGGCCACAUUGCACAUUUACGGCCAGGCGUUGCUGACCCUGAUCUGCUCUCGUGCCCUGGCCGUUCUCGAGGAGUUUCAGCCGCUGCCUUUGACCAACUUUGUUUGGUCGCUGGCAGGCCUGCAGCCAAGCGGCGUUCCGCCCCCGAGCUCAGUCGCCGUGAGAGUGCGGAAAUUGGUGCGGCAGCACAACCCGCAGCAGGCUGCGAACAGCGCCUGGGCAUCUGGCAAGGCCGGCUACCAGGACGAGCAGCUGAUGGAAGUGACAAGGGAGCAGGCCUUGCGCGGCAUGAACGGGCCCGACAGCCAAAAGCCGGCAAACCUCGCUUGGGCAUGGGCGACGCUUGUUUUGCAAAAGAUGGUCUCCUUCGAAGCAGCUGCCGGGGCCUCAAGCAGGCUCGUGCCGGAACCCAGGCCGCAGCACUGCGCCAACCUGGCCUGGGCUCCCGCACGCGUGAUGCAUGUUCCCGAGAGGUUGUCGGAUGCAACCUCGACGACCUUCUGCCAGACUGUAGGUGAAGCGACUCCGCAGGAGCUCUUCAACAUUGCUUGA